AUGCCUGGCAAUAUCGCAAACAUCACACCGGCGACGAUAGCUUCAUGGCCGGAGCCAAACUACGUUGACCCAGUCGAACGAAGAUGGAUGCCAGUCUAUGCAGGCGUUCUCUACGGCGUGAGCACACUGCUGAUCGCCCUACGACUAUGGCUCCGAGUCCUCAAACAAGCCGGCGGCCUCGGGCUCGACGACGGCCUUCUAGCAGCAGCAUGGUUCGGAUCUAGCAUGUUCACAACUGUCCUUAUCGUCUGCACUGCUGCCUACAACACUGGCCGACACGCCUGGGAUAUCCCGCUCGAGAACUUCGAAUACAUCGCCCUCAUGGCCUGGCUCGCGCAGUUCUCUUCCCUGGUUACCGGGGCCUUGACGAAGAUCUCCGUGCUGUGCUUCUACCGCCGGUUAGUCGCUGGAACCUACAGUCGACGGUGGAAGUGGGCGGUCAUUGCUGCGAUCAUCUUUACGGCUGCCUGGACUUUGACGUUCAUCUUUAUGUUGAUCUUCAACUGCAAUCCGACGAGAGCAUACUGGAAGUCCUUCGAUCUCUUGUGGACUGAGGAGUACAAGUGCGUCAAUACCACGGUUGUCAAUCUACUGGCUGGCAUCUUCGCCGCUCUGAGCGAUCUAUACGCCGUGGCACUGCCGUGCCUCAUGACAAGACACUUCGACCUCCCACGACGGCAGAAGAUAGCACUUAACCUGAUCUUCUGCCUGGGUCUGCUCGUUGUAGGCGCAAGCGGCGUUCGAACCUACUAUCUCUGGCAAGUCGGCAUAGACUCCGACGUCAGCUGGAUGAUCUUCGACGCCUACAUCUGGGCCCAGCUCGAGCUCCAACUCUCCAUCAUCUGCGCCUCCCUCCCCGCCCUCCGCGUCUUCCUGCGCAAAGUCCUCGCCGAACCGUUCACGAGUCGCGGCCUGAGCAGCAGGAAGUCUUCGCGGAUGGAGAUUGAGAUGACUCGGAGUCCGGGUGGUGAUCCGAUGGCGGACGAUUGGGACAUGAAGCACGGAAGGUCGAGCACGGUUGUUACGGCGGUAGAGGGGAGUGAGGGGGAGAGGAGUGCGAGUGCUUCGGCGCCUAGUGAGGUGCGAUUGUGGAAGGGGGUGGAGAGUGAGGAUGGGGGUGUGGAGGAGAGGGAGGUGCAUGAGCCGGCGUUUGAGAGGGUUAAGAGCAGUCGGGGGAGGAACAACUUUUCGCAACCUAGGACUUUUUAUGAUGAUCGGCCGUGA